AUGGAGGCCCAUAAUGUUUGUUCGAGUGCAAUUGUUGGUCAAGUUCUUGUUGGAGCAUAUAAUUAUGAAAACUGGAAAGCUUGCGUACAAAACUAUUUGUGGGUUAGAGAUCUGUGGGACGUUGUGGAACAAGCCUCACAACCUCCUCAACGGGAAAAUGAGGCUGAAUUCAAGGCUUGGAGUAAGAGGAAUGUGGCUGCUUUGCAUGCUAUUCAAAUUUCAUGUGAUCCGCUCAUGCUUUCUUAUAUCAGAAACAUGGCUACGGCUAAAGAUGCUUGGAACACUUUGGCCCAAAUGGAGGCCAGUAAUGUUUAUUCGAGUGCAAUUGUUGGUCAAGUUCUUGUUGGAGUAUAUAAUUAUGAAAACUGGAAAGCUUGCGUACAAAACUAUUUGUGGGUUAGAGAUCUGUGGGACGUUGUGGAACAAACCUCACAACCUCCUCAACCGGAAAAUGAGGCUGAAUUCAAGGCUUGGAGUAAGAGGAAUGUGGCUGCUUUGCAUGCUAUUCAAAUUUCAUGUGAUCCGCUCAUGCUUUCUUAUAUCAGAAACAUGGCUACGGCUAAAGAUGCUUGGAACACUUUGGCCCAAGUGUGCCAAUUGCCUACGCCCCAACAAGCACCCCAGGCCCCCCAAGAUGCACGACAGAUGCCAGACCGCACUCGUACUUUGGAGCUCCUCAAGGCUAUUAGGGAACGUGAUUUGGAAUCCACAAAGAGUCUUUUGACGUCCCACACACAUUUAGCCAAUGCCGCACUUGGCGGUACCGGUUUCACAGCCUUUCAUUUCACAAUCUUCGAAGGUCAGUUGGAUAUGAUUGACGAAUUUCUAAACACAAUGUCCGAAGAUGACGUCAAAAUGCAAGAUCCCUUUGGUCGCACAAUUCUUCACCACGCCGCCAUGUGCACUGAAAACGCCAAGAUUGCCCAAUGCCUGAUCAGAAAGAACGGGGAAUUACUUACAUUUCCAGAUGACAGAGGAGAUAUUCCACUUAAUUCUGCAUGUGGUGUAGGCCAUAAAGAUAUGUCUCGCUAUCUGUAUAGCAUAACUACACCGGGAUUUCUACUCUCCCUAGAAGAUGAACGUCAGCCAGCAUCGUUUUUUAUUGUCGAAAUCAUCAAACGUAAUCUAGAUUUAUUGAUGAUUAGUGACGUGGACAAUAGAAGCAUAUUCGACAUUGCAACUGCACAUCGACAAGAAAAAGUUUUUAGCCUCAUAUAUGGGCUUGAUACUAGAGAAACUCCUUAUGAAGCAUUUGAUCGAACCCAUGCGGAAUUGGUGAAAGAAGGGGAGAAAUGGAUGAAGGAUAUAGCGCAAACUUCUACAGUUGUUGGCACUCUUAUCACCAUUAUGUUUGCUGCUCUUUUUACUGUUCCUGGAGGCCCUGAUCAGAACACUGGUGACACUGGUGUUCCCUUACUCUUAAGAAAAAAACUUUUUAAGAUAUUCAUAAUAUCGGAUGCUAUUUCUCUCUUUGCUUCGACCACUUCGGUGUUGAUAUUCGUUGGCAUCCUCACAUCACGAUAUACAACACAUGAUUUCCUCAAAUCUUUGCCUAACAAAUUGAUCAUUGGACUUUCCUCCCUCUUCAUUUCUAUUGCAGCAAUGAUGGUAGCUUUCUCCUCAACUGUCAUUAUCAUGGUAAAGGGCCAAUCAGAGAUUGCUAUUCCGAUCGUUUUGCUGGCUGGCAUACCAAUCGGUCUCUUUGUGUGGUUGGAGUUUCCACUUCUUGUUAAGAUUUUUAUCUCAACUUAUGGACUAGGGAUCUUUGAUAGGAAAAUGAAAUGGCUCUAGUUAAUUAUGGACAUAUUUAUGUUUUCGGAAGGAUGUGUCGAAUUGUGAUUGUAAGUGAUACUAAUUUUAUGUUUGGUGUCAAUUUUCAAA